ACGAGGUGAACAGUGCGUUUUGUGAUAUGCUCAUUCGUGUGGAUUGCUGCUGAUACAAAACUUGUCGAAAUUUUCCGGAUACUAUUAUCAAAACGUUAGUUCAACGAACAUUGAUGCAGCUGCAAUCGGAGAAAAAGUCCAACGAAUAGAUUGUGCCAAAAAAGGUGACAUUUGUGAAAAUAAACUGUGUUGUGGUCGUUUAUAUACUAACUAAGCCACAUAGAGUGGCAGUGAUCAAUGGAAAUGGGAUCAUCGAAACGGAAAUCGUCAUUUAGAAUAGACGACAUUCUGCAUCAGCAAGCAGAACAACAGCAGAUGCUUUUCCACCACCAACAGCAAUUAGUUCAGAGCAGUGUUUUAAAGCAGCUUUCUGAUAUGCACACAUCUCAGCCCAGUUCUUCGACACCUUCGUCGACAUCAACGGAAUAUUGCAGCAGUGGGCCCAAGACUCCACCUGUCUCCCCGCUCAUUAUUCAAAGCGGACCAGAUUCGCCGAAGAAGCCUACUGCCCUGUAUCCGAAUCUGCUAGAGUUUCAGAAAAAUACCUUCCCACUUCACCUACCAUUCGGGGUUCCCACAUUCAAUACUGCGCUUAAUCCUGCACUGAACGCCGCUUAUUUAGAACAUUACGCAAACGUCCUACAUAAAGCAUCUCCUCGAUUGUUUCCUUUCUACCCACCUCAUUACAGUUACCUGCUACCUCCCUGUGGUUCUAAGCGUAAAGGUGGUCAAGUUCGCUUCACACCUCAGCAAACACAAAGCCUUGAACGGAGAUUUUCCAACCAUAAAUAUCUUUCACCCGAAGAUCGUAGGCACCUCGCAGUACAGCUGAAGCUAAGUGACAGACAGGUCAAAACGUGGUUCCAAAACCGCCGCGCCAAAUGGAGACGUGCCAAUAAUGGAGGUCAUACGUCGGAUUCGCCAGUUGAUCUAGGAGCUGAUGCCAACAAAAACGAAAAUCAUACGUCGGUUACAUUCUCUGCUGGGGCAGCAGUGGAUCCCAUGAAGAAAUACUCAAAUGAUUAUCGUACAACCUCGAAUAGCAAACCCGCAGACUCGUAUGAUCGCAGUUCUGGAAAUUACUCGGAUCUUGAGAGUUCCAGUGAUGCCGAAGAUAGCAGUUACGAAGAUGGAGGAACCUCUCCAAUCAAUGUUAUUUGAAUAAGUGUUUAUCGAUAAGGCAACGAUAAAUAAAUUA